CUCAAUAAUAUUUGGCACCUUGGUAAUGCUCAAGAAGUUUCGCGUAAUCGUAACCAUUCUUCCACUCUGCUGUUCUUCGUUGUCUCUUUCCUAACGAUAUUGCACAGCGACGUAUAGUGGUUUUCUUAGAGAGAUCAACUUCUAGAAACUUGCUUUCCCAUUUGCAUGUCCUCUGAUUCUGAAUUCACAAUUCACAAUUCCCAAUCCAACAAUAUUCCUUACUCCAAUUCUGCAUCAUAUCAUCAAAACUGCAACCCUAGGGUGAUCUCUCCUUCGCCGUGCUGCUUACAAUCAGAAUCAGCAAUGCAUCAAGGAGAUUACACCUCCGCUCCAUAUUAUCAAUUCCCACACCUCCAAAACCCUAAUCCCAACCCCUCCAAUCUAUACGCUUCCGCACCCCCCGUCACACCCGACCUCCCCUCAUUCAAUUCCACCUUCAAUUCUCACCCUUCGUACCAUCAACCACCUUCGCAGAACCAGCCCUAUUUCCCGCCCUAUGAUCAGCAUCAAACCACUCCGAAUUACGCCCCUCCUCCAACCUCCUCAAUUCCCUCUGAGUCCAAUCCCAGUUCCUCGUACUCCUCUUUGUACAAUUCGGCACCGUACACUCACGCCGGAGCUUCCGUUCCUCCGGUUCCCUCAUACGAUAGCCCUUACCAGAAUCCAGUGAAAGCCGAUCACGGCAGUGCAUAUUUUGACGAUUUCGGAGGCCUUAAUCGGAGCCGUUCAGAAUUGGGAUCAGUUUCGAGCUACGAUGAAGGCUAUGGUGAUGGUGUGUAUGCUUAUGAAGGGGGCAAGGUGGAGCCCUACGGUGCGCGUGGCACAGCUCCUAAAUCUUCGACGUGGUCCUCAACCACGUUCGAUGAUUAUGGAAGGUCCAUCAGUUUUCCCUCUCAGAAUGAAUCUUCUUCUGUCUCAAGUAAGAUCGUGAAAGCGGUGCCAAAAGCUGAUGCCCAAGAAGAUGGAAAAACUGGGGUGCAAAAGUUCAGGGUCAAGUUGCUGGCAGAAAGUGGUGGCCAGAGCGCUACAGAUGUUCUAUGCCAGAUUGGUUUGGAUGGAAUCCGCAUGCUAGAUCCAAAUACAAGUCGGACAUUGAGAAUAUAUCCACUUGAGAACAUAACAGGAUGUGAUAGACUUGACUCAUCUACCUUUGCAUUUUGGUCAAAGAGCCCAGUGGACAUUGAACCAAGACGAAUCAGAUUGCAAUCCAAUAGCUACACUAUAAACACACUUUUGGAUACAGUGAUUGCUGCAACCAUACAGUUCAAGGAAAUGAAUGGAAGCAGCAGGAGGCCUCCUGAGGCAUUGAAAGCAAAUGAACAGCCUACAGAAAGAAAGAAAGGCUUUGGCGAUUGGAUGAAUCUGAUAAAGCCUGCCAAUGAAGAGAAGGAUCACUGGGUCCCAGAUGAAGCAGUUUCAAAAUGCAAAGAUUGUCAGACUGAUUUUGGGGCUUUUAAUCGCAAGCAUCAUUGUAGGAACUGUGGUGAUAUUUUCUGUGACAAAUGUACACAAGGUAGAAUUGCUUUAACUGCCGAUGCGAAUGCUCAGCCAGUACGUGUUUGUGAUAGAUGCAUGGCGGAAGUGACCCAAAGGCUGAGUAGUGCUAAAGAGUUAUCAAGUAAACCUGUGUUACAGAGUCAUGAGGAUCUUGCCAGGAAGCUUCAGGAGGAGCUGCAGAGAAACCAAAAGACAUCAGGUUCGACCUCUGGAGGAUCUGGAAGACGGACAAGGGAAGUUGCAUGUCCCAUUUGCACUGUCCAUCUGCAGGUUCAGGUGCCAAGCUCAGGUUCAGAAACCAUUGAAUGUGGAGUUUGCCAGCACCCAUUUCUUGUGAGUGCGCAUCGAGUCUGAUGACAUGGAUGCAACAGAAGCCAAGAAUAUACCAAAAUCAUAAAUUAAUGAUCCGGAUUGUCUCGCGAAUAUCGUCCUCUUGCCUUUUCUAUUUUCUGUUAUUUAUUCGUCCUCUCGUAGCUUGGUUUAUAAUUUAUAUGUUCAUUAGCUCAGUAAUUUUUUCUGAAAGGACAAAUAAAUCAUUAGCUCUGUGAAUAUUAUCUAUGAUUGUGAUUUGGUUCGUUGAAUA